AUGCACAAGCUCGUAUGCUCUGCUUUUCUUCUCCUCCUCCUCUCGUCAUCCACGGCGAGGGACCCCGGCGUCCCGUGCUACCAAUCCAUCUUCAGCUUCGGCGACUCCUUCGCCGACACGGGCAACAACCCCGUCGUCUUCCAAUGGUACUCCAUCUUCGACCCGGUGACGCGACCUCCGUACGGCACCACCUUCUUCGGCCGCCCAACGGGCCGGAACGGCGACGGCCGGCUGAUCAUUGAUUUCAUCGCUGAAAAGCUGGGUCUGCCUUACGUGCCGCCCACCCUGGCGCACAACGGCAGCUUCCGCCAAGGGGCCAACUUCGCCGUCGGCGCCGCCACCGCUGUGGACGCCGUUUUCUUCCACGAGAGGGGCAUUCCCGGUGCCCCCAGCAAGUUCCCCCUCAACACCAGCUUAGGCGUGCAGCUGGAGUGGUUCGAGUCGAUGAAGCCCUCCUUGUGCCCGACAGCCCGAGAGUGCGAGGAAUUCUUCGGCAAGUCCCUCUUCUUGGUGGGCGAGUUCGGAGUCAACGACUAUCACCUCUUUUUCCAGAAGAAAAUGGUAGAGGAAGCCAUGUCCUUCGUUCCACAUGUGGUGGCGACCAUCUCCAUGGCCAUCGAGAGGUUGAUCAUGGAGCAUGGCGCCAGGAGCCUGGUGGUUCCCGGCGUGAUCCCGUCAGGAUGCUCGCCGCCAAUUCUGGCCAAGUUCGCCGACUCCUCGCAAGCAGCGUACGACUCCAGGACCGGCUGUCUGAAAGAGUACAACGAGCUGGGUUUGCGCCACAACUCGCUGCUGCAGGCAGCCCUUGCUAAGAUCCGGGCCAAGCAUCGGGACGUCAUGGUCGUCUACGCCGAUUUCUUCGGCCCCAUCAUGGAGAUGGUGGAGUCACCUCGCAAGUUUGGUUUUGAGGAAGACGUGCUAAGAGUGUGUUGUGGAGGGCCCGGAAGGUACAGGGUCAACGCGACGGUUCCAUGCGGCGAUGCAGCUGCAACCACCUGCCGGCGUCCAUCCGCUCGGCUCUACUGGGACGGCGUCCAUCUCACCGAGGCGGCUAACCGCCACGUCGCGGAUCGAUGGUUGGCCCAGAUGAACGCAUUUGGGAGAGCCGGCUGCAAGAAACCAAGUUCGUCGUGA